CUUUUCUCUUCGAACCUAGUAAUGUUAAUUCCAGAAAAAUGAAUGAAUUAGAACGUUAUUUUAUUAAAUACCAAUUUCUGGUUUUUCGAAACGGCACUCUCGCUCCCAUUACUAGAGAAGUAGCUUUCGCUCCUGAUGCUCUCGCAGUGGCACCUAAAAUAAACUCUCUUUAUAAGAGGAGAACAAGACCGCGUGCACAUUGCGUAGAAGAGCGGUCUGAUGGCUAUGGAACAGUUCAGUCGGUGUGUUUCCUCUCUGUUGUUCGAUGUUGUGCUGUGUUUCGAGAAAAGCUGUGGCAGGGGCGGAUCUAGGACCACCCUACGAUCAUUGCCCCUUGAGAGAGCAACCUGUCGAAUCGGAAAUAGUAGUAGAGAUCGAGCAAUACACCGAUCCAGAUGUGCAGGGCAUCCUUCAGCCGUGCGCGAUCUGCGCGCGGACCUUUAAGCCGCAAUCGUUGGAGAAACACACGAAAAUAUGCGAACGAGCAGCGAACAAGAAGAGGAAGCCGUUCGAUUCGUCUAAGCAGAGGAUCCAGGGCACCGAGCUCGCUGAAUUUCUGCCGAAACAAGAGAGGAAACGAUACGUCUCGGAGGAUAGAUUAUCCAAACCAGCCGAGCCAACUUGGAAGCAGAACCACGACGAGUUUCUGCGAGCAAUUCGCGCAGCUCGCAACGAGAUCACGGAUUUCACGAUGCAGAAACCAUGCGGUACAACGGUCACGUCCAGCGCCCCGACGCGCUCUAACGAGCAGGGUGCAUGCCCCACCUGCAACAGACAUUUCGGCGUCAAGGCUUACGACAGACACGUGGCCUGGUGCAAGGAUAGGAUCGCACACGUGCCGGUCAGUCCGGCGACGAACAUCGCCAAGGAACGUCUCGAGGCACGAAUGAAGUAUCGUGCUCCGGCUGUGAAGAGUCGUCGACAAGUGACCCGGGAGAAAUAUUCACCCAGUUCAGCGAUCACCCUGAACUCUACCAGCAAAACGUCGCCGAACCUUGCCACUGUUAAGGCCAAGGAAUGCGCCUCGGCGCCCAAUUGCAACAAGAGCAACGACAGUCCUGUUAAACACAAGCCCCUUGGCAGACGUUCGGCGCAAACGAAAGAGCCGGCCGCGUCUCACGUCCCCAUGAAGUCGCGACCCAUCGAUCGCACAAAUAGGCCAGCGGAAGACAAGCCCGGAACCCUGUCCCUUCGACCUGCGCCCCCUGUUAAAAGAAUCUCUUACCUCCCCGUACCACCGUUGAAGCACACGAGAGAUAUUCUUGAAGAGACCGAUAUCAUCCCCUCGCCGACGUCCUGUAAGAAACGGUCGAGGAAGGUGCAAGAGAGAGCGAAGAGAGAAGAGAUUACCAGUUACAGGAGCAGGCAAGAGGAGAAGCAUUCGGCGAGAUCGCCGAAGACGAACAUCGUUUCAACCAGAAGUCAGGGUAACCCGAAGGUGAACGACGUGUCGAUCAAUGACAUCGUGGGCGUCACUGUGAAACCGUGUAACAUAUACAGAGAAAAUUCGUACACCACUUGGAAGCAGAUCAGCCAAGAAAAAAUCUGUGAAUCUAAUUCUAAUCAAAAGAUGAUUAAACCACAGAAGUUGCUCGAGGAUCGUGAUAAGAAAGACGAUGCAUUGAAAAUUGAUUUCAACGAGGAUACUUGUAAGGAUGAUAACGAUAAAUUAAGCUGUAGAAGCGAGAGCUUAAACUGGACGAUGAUCAGUUCCAAAUUGAAUCAAACGUAUUCCUUCAAGGAUCUGAACGAAGAGAUCGAGAACGCGAGGGUUUCGAAGAGGAGGAAACCGGUGAAACACAGUCCAAGGGUGGAAUUCUGCCUGGGAGAUCUGGAGAAAGCGAAUCGUCUCCGAUCAGCGUUCAAUUUUAAUUAUCCAGAUGAAUCAAACGUGAAUAAAGUUUCUCGUACGAGUUCAAAGAACGAGUUCAAGAGAACGAGUUCGAAAUGUUCUGUGAUUGAAAAUGAAACAGAGAGAUUGCCGGAGGAAGGUAAUUUCGAAUCAGCGAGGAGUAGAAUUUUGGAGAAGAAGCGACUGACACCGACGACUUAUGCGGAUGUUUCUUCGCAAAAUGAUUAUCAGGUGGAAAGUAAUGUUGACGAAAUUACCAAUUCGCAGGAAAAUCUCGAGAAAGAUGAGAAAUUAAAUGAAAUAAAUAUAAUAAAUUGCGAGGAUAUAGAAACUGUGAGUACGCACGAGAACAAUUAUUCGAACGAAGAAAAUUGGGAAGAAGUUUCGAGGCAUUCCGAAGAGAGAUUAAAGCCUAAUGAAUUUAUCAAUUUUUCUGAAAUGUGUCAACUUGGAACGAACGACAUAAUCGUUGAUGAUGAUAUCCCGAGACCGCAUCAAUCAAAGUUACAGGAAGGAACAACUGAAACAACAGACAGUGAAGAUAUCAAAGAAGAUAACGAUCAAUUGAUUUCUGACGUUCAGAAUUUAGAUGAGUCUUUAGAAAAUAAUAACGCGGAUGACGUUGCAAAAUCCUGUAACAUAGGAACGAAUUUCGUAGAAAUAGAAAAUGAUCAAAUUUCUAAAGACAUAUUAUGGCCAACUAGAUCAAGCACGCCAUUCGUGAACAUCGAGGACUGUUUGAAUAAAAAAUCUGAGAAUACAGAAGAACCUUGCCAAGCAGAAAACGAGGAAUGGCAAAUGGCAAUAAAUUUAGAAACAGGAUCAGAAUUAUUGUACAGAGUCGAAAGCAGAGAUUCGCACUGCUCUGGACAUUCCUCUCGUGGUAACUCAAGAAAGAAAAUAUUGGAGCUUGAAAACUGUCCAAGUGUUCGUGAAAUGAAUACAAGCAUCAAAAGUUUCUCCAGUCUUCCAUCUGUACAAAUACAGAAAAAUGAAGAAGAAAGCUGUUCAUUCAUCCGGUCUCCGCUAAUAUUAAAAGAGGAACAGUUUGAAUCUGAUAAAACCUUCAGAAAAGAGAUUGCCAGUCAAAUAAACAUGUGUAACUGUCCAUCAAAUCUUUCUGUGAUCCUGAAAUCUGAAAAAGGGAUCGAUUGCAACGAUUUGAUUGAAAAUAUCUCUGAAUCUGAAGCUGAACCUUGCGAUACGAAGUUGAAGGAAUUUAAUCGUCCUUUGAAAGAGGCUGAAUUUUCAGAAGGGCAAUCGAAGGAAAAUUUGCAGAAUAACAAUUGCAAAGAAGAACGCAUCGAUGACAAGGAUUUAAUUAAGGAAUCGAACACAGAGAUACAGGAGAUCUAUAAAAAUGAUACCGCCAAAGAUUUUGAUUACGAUAGCGAUAACAGUAUCGAGCAACACGUGAAGGAAGCGAUAAGCAAUCUGAAAGCUUCCUCCAAGAAACAACGUUCGAUAAUUCUUUCCAAGUCUCGUGUGAAGGUGAAAAAAUCGAGGACCUCGAAAUCGUAUCGAUCGAAGAUCCUAGAUAUUCCAGACAAGAUUCACGAGGAUCCGAAUGUUUUGAACGAAAGUACCGAUAGUUUAUCGUCUUCUAACAACGGAGCAGAUUUCACGGACGUGAAGCGGGUGGAAUCCGUGGAGGUUGAGACGAUUGAAGAAAUCGGUACGAGAAAUCGAAGCAUCAGAUUCCGAAUUUUACCGGAGAUCAAAGGAAACACGGUGGUGGUUAAGGAAAAUUACGGUGAGAGGGAGAAGAUUGAUACUUAUUGGGAGAAAGCUUCGAGAGCUUCGAAGAAUCGAUUGAUUAAUCUUGAUCCACCUUAUCAGGGGGCGAGCAGGUUUUUUAAGAGAAAUCCAAAAGUUCGUACCCUUCCUCCUGUACCCAGUGGCUCGUCCUUGAUAGAUUACAGGAAUCUUAAACUGCCAUUACGUCCAGUAUGGAGCAAUUACGUGCGCAGACGACCGGAUUUUAAUCUCGUACUUAGCGGUAGAACUGGGAAGGAUUACGAUCCGUUUGUGCUGGCAGAGCAGCAGAUGAACGAGCUGCUCUCGGACACGAGCGAGCAAUCGGUGACCGACAGUCCUUCGAUCGAGCAAAACCGCGAAACCUCGUUUCCUCUUUCUCAUUCCUCGGCGUUCGUUAAAUAUCCCUGUCACUCGUCCCUCUCGAGCCCGGAAAAACGAUCAUCCUUGAUAGCCCCUCCGUCGGAAUUCGACGACCUCGUGUCGGAUUUCUCCAGCGACUCGACUGAAACCAACUCGUUGUCUCGUGAAAUAUUCCUCAAUAAUCUGAAGGAUAACAAAGAAUCGAAAGAAUCGAUCGGAAAGUCGGGGGUAGAGAAGAAAUCUCCGAUUAGAGAAUUAGGUAGACGAGUGAUCAUCGACAAGUCGAAGGCAUUAGGCAACGACGCGGUGGACGAUGGAAAUCGGGGUAGCAGAAGUUUCGUCGGUAGUUCCGAAAGGGCUCGUAAAAUCCUCGACAAAGUAUCCCCGAAAGUAAUUCGUCCUUCGGUCAAUCGUUCCGUUUCCGUUCGAGCCUCGUCCGCGCCUAAAACCACCCCCGAUAGAAACGCGAUAGAAGACACGAAGAAAUCUCGCAACAGUUUAAACAAUCGUAACAAUAAUUACGCGAAUCUUUCGAGUAGCAAUCUUAGUUUGAGCUCGAUAGUGUCCUCGGACAUGGACAUGAAACGAUCGAACUCGUUGUUCGACGAAUUGAUGACCUCGUUCGAGGACGAGAACGGUUCCUUCUCCUCUCUGAAAUCCCUCCUUAAAAACGAUUCCUUGUCCAGCCCUGUGCAUGGAAGACAACGCAACGGGCAGAUCAGUGACGAGGAGUUGUCAUCGCCGGAGAGCUACAAGAGGCAGGAUCGCAGCAAGCUGAGCGCUGAUUCUGCUUACAGCAGUUUAAAUCGCAAAUAUUCGCACCAUGGACGCAGCACCAACGACGUGGCUGGACGAUUGGAGGAGGAUUUGCCAAGAUGCAAUCGUCGAGAGGCCGAUGGUCCGACUAGUUUGGCUAAAUGCAAGAUGUCCAAGUUUUGUCACGAAUGCGGUUCCAAGUUCCCGAAAACCGCGAAAUUCUGCUGCGAAUGUGGCGUCAGAAGACUCGUCCUCUGAACACUCCUAG